UAUAAACGAUACAUUCUCAAAUCACAAAAACGUCAUUGGACAUAUUGCACGCACCUUUUUUUCAUGAGCAGAAAUUAUGUUUCGGAUAAAGAAUGUAAAUUGCUGGGAAAUAAAACCACGCAGAAUUACCGCCCUUGAUCCUGGCAAUACCAAUAUCACAGAGCAGUUGGACGCUUUUAAAAAGCACUCCGCCGAGUUUGAAAAGUCGAGAGCACAAUGCCCCAAGACAUUAAUUCCACUGAAGAACAAGGAUAGCGUGAUGGACGUGGUUAUGAAGCACAUCGAAAGCAGUCGUUCCACCAUUGUGAACGUGGACGGGGUGCGCUUCCUGUGCCACGAUGUGGUUCUUUCGCUUUUUUCGGAACGUCUUAAAGAGCAUAUGAAAAAGGACUGCCUGCACUUCGAGACACCAGAGCUGGCAUCUCGUGCAUUCGAUCAAAUAUACUGCUGGAUGCAUGGCGAGUGCAGCUUUGUGCAGAGCUUUGAUCUAUCACUUCUUAGAGCGGCUCGAUUCCUGGCCAUUCCCGAACUGCUCCACGAGAUGUGGAAGCUACUGGACAAGAAGAACCUGAUGGAAUACGAUGCAUUCAAGAUGAUGUGCGGGUCGAGCGAAAUUCAUGAGAUUCUGGAACUGCAGAAAUUAAUGGUGACUCGCAUAUCCAAGUGCACGGUGGUCAUCUUCUCCUCCCCUCAGUACUUGGAGCUGAGUGAGCUUCAAGUGUGGCUGCUGCUAAAGUCCAGUCGGUUGGCAGUCAACUCCGAAAUGGAAGUUUUUUAUGGUGCCCUCUGCUGGCUGAGAUACAAGUGGCCCAUGCGUCAUGCCAGCAUUGGCAAGAUCCUCAAGAGCAUCCGCUAUGGAUUUAUGUCCAUCCUCAUGCUGAGGAAGUUCACGCUGCCGUGUCGCACGCAGACCGGUCCGUUCGGAGAUAUCCUGGAUGUGUUCAUACAGUUGCCCGAGUUUAAGAAGAUCCUGGCCGAUGCCAUGUUCUACAGCAGCCUGUUGACAACCACUUUGAAGCAACCGGACUGUCUGAAGGAGAGGCUGGCAGUGACCCGGAUGAAGCUCCUUAGCCCUCGCCGUUGGAUGAUCGAUGCGCGCUGCGAGUACCAUCGCCCUGUAUGCGCAACCAUACCGAAUAUGUCCUUUGUGUCGUGGGAGGAGUACACAAAAUACAUGUUUAUGUUGCAAAAUGAGAAAACCAAUCUCGACGUCUGCAUUAGCUGUGUGGAUGAGCCGGAUACUGAGCGCGCUAUCUGUUCGGCCUCGGAGAGCGUUCAGUCGUCGUUCUCCGAUCUCCAUAGCUCCACAUCCUCACAGAUUUCGGAGUUGUCCAAGGACACGUCCACCACCAGUUUGUCAAGCAGCUACGAAGACACUUCGGAUGCCCUAUCACAACUCUGCUUGAGUUCAUCCUCAUGGGAGAGCCGCCUGACCGCCAUGGACUCACAUGCAUGGCAGCGCUGCCUGACCUCCGCCGAUGACGAUGACGAAUUGUCCACAUCGGAUGAGUAGGAGUAGUACUUGUCGUGUUCCACUGAAGGGCCUUCCGCACAGUGCCAUGCCAAAAGCAAAACAAUUUUAAAUAUAUUUUUAGAG